AUGCAGGUCAAGACAGCAGUCCUCACUUCCCUCCCGGCUCUCGCCCUCGCUGCUCCAACUGGCUCGUCUGGCCAAAAUCCAGCUCCCGAUCUAUACUUCCCAGCAGUGUAUGGUCUGAUUGUCGGCACUGAUGUGCAGCCAUUCCACUUUGAAUCUUUCAAUGCCAACAGUGGGAAGUUCUGGCUCAACUUGCCGGAGACGUCGACUUCGUGCCCCUUCACUGGCACUGACCAGGCAUCCAACUGUCCACCUGGCACUGAAACGGCCUUUGUCGGCAAUGGAAGCCUCUCUACCGUGGUCCCCGGCGGACAGCAAGUCUAUGUCGCACCCAACGGUGCUCUGUCAUUCACGGCGGCGCACUCAGGCGCCAUGCCAGAGGGAUCGGUCGUCGACCCGUUCAUCUUCGUCAAUGUCGGCGGAGAGUACGGCGAGGUGACGACUAACGCGUUUGGUGCCGAUGGGUUCAUGGCGUGCCCUACGUACGGAAGCAUCGCGUACCAGGUCUUUGCGAACUUCGAAGGGGCCCAGGUACCUCUGGGCAAUGUCAAUGACUGUGUGCCUGUCACACCUCUAGCUGUGCCCUACACUCAGGGUCAAGCUGCUGCUUGGGAGUACAACUAA